CAGGUCUUUCCAGGCCUCAGCCAGCCUCCCUCUGCAGCCGGACUAACCAGCUCUCCAGGCACUGGGGGUGGGGGUGUGGCAGGAGGAAGCCAGAUCAGCCCCAGGCUGUGGAUGUGGGAGAAGGGCGAGCUCUGGGGGCCAUCAUGGGGUUCCCCCAGAGGCAGCCUGGCCUAUCGCGGCUGCUCCUCCUCGCGGGGGCACUGGUCUGGCCCCUGCCUUGUAUGAGCCUGGAGCUGAUCCCCUACACGCCACAGAUAACAGCCUGGGACCUAGAAGGAAAGGUCACAGCCACCACGUUCUCCCUGGAGCAGCCUCGCUGUGUCCUGGACGGGCUUGCCGGCGUUGCCAGCACCAUCUGGCUGGUGGUGGCCUUCAGCAACGCCUCCAGGGACUUCCAGAACCCACAGACACGAGCUGAGAUCCCAGCCUUCCCACGGCUGCUGACGGAGGGGCACUAUAUGACACUGCCCCUGUCCCUGGACCAGCUGCCCUGUCAGGACCCCGCGGGCGGCGGCAGGGACGUCCCCUUGCUGCGGGUGGGCAAUGACCCCGGCUGCCGUGCUGACCUCCUCCAGCCACCCCACUGCAACAGCCCGCUCCCCAGCCCCGGGCCUUACAGGGUGAAGUUCCUCCUGAUGGACGCCAGGGGCUCACCCCAGGCCGAGACCAGGUGGUCCGACCCCAUCGCUCUUCACCAAGGGAAGUCGCCAGCCUCCAUCGACACGUGGCCAGGGCGACGCAGUGGUGGUAUGAUCGUCAUCACCUCUAUUCUCUCCUCCCUGGCCGGCCUCCUGCUCCUGGCCUUCCUGGCAGCGUCCACCGCGCGCUUGAGCCCUCCGUCACUUCAGAGACCUGAUACCAGGGUAGUCAGGGCAACCACCUGGAAGGAGGUGGGCCAGCAGCUGGUUCUAGAAGGAAGGAAAGGGAGAGACUGUGGGAGAACCGGGGACCCAGUGCUGCCUCCUCUCCCCAUCCAGCUCCAGCCUGUGGUGGCCGGAGGAGGCCCCGGAGCAGCUGAGAAUUGGCUCCUUCAUGGGGAAGCGCUACAUGACCCACCACAUCCCACCCAGCGAAGCCGCCACCCUGCCCGUGGGCUGUGAGCCUGGCCUGGACCCCCUCCCCAGCCUCAGCCCCUAGCCUGGCCCUUCUGGCUGGGGCGCGGCUGCGGCCAUUGUGGGGGGCAAGGACACGGUGGUCAUUCCCAGGCCCUGCACACUCCUCCCCACCCCUGCCUACAGUCCCACUGAUGUAGGACAGAUGUCAGGGUUCAAGACGUCUUUGGUGCAAAAAGGUGGUUAUAUUCAAGCACAGGGACAGGACCCAUGGGCAGGAAGAGCAGCACUGGGGUGGUGAGGAGUGGCCCGUUAUAUAUACUUUCGAGUUGGGAGGGCUUAGGGAGAGCGUAAGUCUCUCAGGAAUUUUGGAAGCAAGGUCUCCAGGGUCCUGAGGGGGCCAGCUGUUGUUAGGAAAAGGUCAUUUAUUACUGUUUAGUAAAAACCGUCACAAGA